GACAGCAAAUAAAUGUGAAAGAAGUAAACGGGAAGGUGUUCUUGCAAUGUGCAGGCAGUGCAGGUGAAGUCGCAUGGCAGAAAGGUGGGCAGAGCAUAGGAAACGCAUCCCUGCUGGAGCUGGGUGCGAUUUAUGAUGAUCCCAGAGGCACAUAUGCAUGUGAAGCAGGAGGAAAAUCAUACGCCCUCUACGUGCACUAUCGAAUGUGCCAGAACUGCAUCGAAGUGGACGCUCCCACCAUCUCGGGGAUCGUGGUCGCAGAUGUUGUCGCCACCAUCUUCCUGGCGGUUGCUGUGUACUGCAUCACGGGCCAGGACAAGGGACGCAUGUCACGAGCUUCUGACAGGCAGAACCUGAUUGCCAACGAGCAGCUCUACCAGCCCCUUGGCGAGCGGGACGAAGGACAGUACAGCCGGCUGGCACCUGCCAAGGCCCGCAAGUGA